CAAAAUUGAAUGCAUUCGAUUGURUAUGCACUUGCAGUAGUAAGUUGUGUAAUCUCUAUACUCUAUACACACUAUUACGGUAAUAGUGUAAUAACACUACACCCCCGCGUCCCACCUAUUCGUAGUGUUAUUUCUCGUUGUUUAAACUUUAAUUUAUUCGUCUCGUUCUCAUGAAUGGCUARUUGCAUGUGCGUAGAUGAAUAGUUUUUUGACUAGUGUCCGUCAUUGUCCGUUGUCCGUCGUUCUCGUGCGCGCGUCUCUUUCCACCGUCUCGCCAUUCGCCGUGCGAAGACUAGACUACACGGCGCCGUCGCGGUUCAUAUUUUUUCAGACUGAAUCGCAUGGCCAACUAUAAGUCAUCGAUUGUUGGACAAAAUGGACCCUGUCAUUAGGUUCACGGCCGCCGGUGUCUGCCGACCAAUUGUCUUCGGUGCUUCUUUGUGAAUCCUACCCACCCGCGUUAUCUCGUCGCAUCGACAUGAUUUCGUAUGGACCCCGUUCUGUGGCACCGCCGCUCAUGGCAGCAACGAUAUUGUUAAUUAUGGUCAAAUGUUCUGUUUCGUUUGCCCACUCUUCGAGGCAACAGAUCCAAGAUGGUUCGAUCAGCGACGACACUACCGGACAUCACGGUCGAUGUGAGUCCAUCACCAUACCGUUUUGCAUGGGCAUUGCGUAUAAUGAAACAAUCAUGCCCAACUUGUUGGGCCAACAGCGUCAAGACGAAGCGGGCUUCGAAGUGCAGCAGUACUAUCCACUGGUGAAAAUCCAGUGUUCACAUGAUCUGCAAUUCUUUUUGUGCAGCGUUUUUGCUCCUGURUGUACUAUAAUCGAGAGACCUAUUCCACCCUGUCGGUCACUGUGUGUAUCGGCACGCAAUGGCUGUGAAGCAAUCAUGAACCGUUUCCAGAUUGAAUGGCCCGAUAAUCUGGAAUGUUCAAAGUUUCCUGAAAAUGGCCAACUCUGUGUUGGUGAGAAUAAUGUAACAAACACUUCACCAACACCACAGACUGGUUUAAUAGAACAAAAUGGAAAAGAUUUAACUGCGCCUGGAUCUAGACACUUUUCAGGAGAUCAAGGAUAUUCCAAGAAUUCCAACAACUUUGAUAUUGGAUUUGUUUGCCCUCAACAAUUUCGAAUUGAAUCUAAUAGAAACAAAAAAAGAUCUGACAGGAACAAUCAAGUUUACACAUUAAAAGUUGGAAAUAAGGUAGUGAAAGACUGUGGAGUGCCGUGUGAUGCAUUCUGGAGUCAAGAUCAAAUGCGCAAAGCUAGAUCAUGGGUGGCUUUGUGGUCUGUGCUGUGUGCUAUAUCCUGUUUGUUUACAUCAUUAACAUUUGCCAUUGAUACACACCGUUUUCGAUAUCCUGAACGACCAAUAAUAUUCUUGUCUUUAUGUUAUCUGAUGGUUUCCAUAUCUUAUCUGAUUGGAUAUUUAUCAGGAAACAAUAUUGCGUGCAACAAACAAAAUUUAAUCACACAAGGUACAGACGAUAAUGAAUGGUGUACUGUACUAUUUAUGGUGUCUUAUUUCUUUAGUACUGCAUCUUCUGUAUGGUGGGUUGUGUUGACGUUGACUUGGUUUCUUGCUGCGGGACUUAAAUGGGGACAUGAAGCUAUUGAAGCAAAUUCUCAUUAUUUCCACUUAGCAGCAUGGACAGUUCCUGCUGCUAAAACAAUUACAGUAUUGGCUAUGGGAAAAAUUGAAGGUGAUGUUUUAACUGGUAUCUGUUCAAUGGCUGUUUGGAGUGAUGAUACUGCUGUGAGAGACAUGGUGCUGAUUCCUUUAGUGGUGUAUCUGAUUUUGGGUACAGCAUUUUGGAUGGCUGGAUUUGUUUCUUUAUGCCGCAUUCGAAAAGUAAUGAAACACGAUGGUACCCGAGGAACUGACAAGUUGGAAAAAUUGAUGAUACGUAUUGGCGUCUUUAGUGUUCUAUACACAGUACCUGCUGUGGCUCAAAUCUUAUGUUUAGUUUAUGAACAUAUAAAUCUCAGUUCAUGGAUUAUUAGUUGGCACUCUACUCUUUGUCAAGAUCCAAAGUAUGCUCUACCAUGUCCUUCUCAACCCAGUGACACAGGAARAAAACCUAACUUUGAGGUGUUUAUAGCUAAAUAUUUUGUUUCGUUAUUAGUUGGUCUUACAUCGAGUGUUUGGAUUUGGUCUGGUAAAACUCUGAAUAGUUGGCAAAAAUUCUUGGCAAAAAUUCGACCUAAUUCAGGUAAAUCUGAAGCAUAUGUUUAAUUUAAUUUAAUGUUUGAUUUAUCAAUAUAUYAAAAUAUUUGUUUUUCAAUAAUUUAGAUUUUUUACAGACUAAUAUAUUUUAUACUAUUCACUARAUGUAUAUUAAUUAGGGAUGAUUUGAUACCACUUUUUAUUUAUCUAAUUAACUAUUAUAUUGGUUUUAAGUCCAAUAUUCAAUUUACAUAUUAAUUUUCAAAAUUGAGCCACUCUUUAAUUGAUUCAGAAUUAGCAACUCUAAAUGUUAUGUAUAUAAUUAUAAAUGUUGUAGUAAUUACAUUUAUGUGUACAUAUAAAAUAACAAUAAUCAUUAUUUAGGCUUGUUUAACAACAUAAUAAAUAUUACYAAGUAGUAACAGUUAUCCUUAUUUAUUAGCAAUGCAAAAUAAUUAUUGAUGUGACGCUAUAAUUAUAAUUUUUUUUUACAUUUUAUAUGCCACAAUUUCUACUGCUAUUAUUUAUGUAGUGUUAUUAUUCUCAUUGAUAAUUUGUUACACAUAAUAUAUAUAUAUGUGCGUGUGCGUGUGUGCAUUUUUAUUUGAUCAGUGCUAGCUUAGCUAUAUUGGCAUUAACAUUAAUCAUUAUAGGUAAUUAUGAUAUAACAAUUUAUUUUUGAGUACAAUUGGCAUAAAGGACUAGCGACUUGAGCCAUACCAACUCUGUUUUUUUUUUCCAAAACUACUGUAAUUCACUGUACAACUAUAUUGUUAUCAAAAUCUGUCUUUUGAACAAACUUAUUAAAUAAUUUAUGCAUUUAUAUUUAUUCAAUGUUAAUAUCAUGUACCAAUAAAAUAAAACUGACAGUUUGUUUUUCUGUUAAGACUAUUAUGAACAUUUCAUUGUUAUAAAACUGCCAUAUUUUUAACAUUAAGCUCAUAAAACAAUUCCAAAGUUUA